AUGGCAGCUGCCCCAUGUGAGGUGCCAGGCGUGGAUCAAACUCCGAGGACAGUUGUUCUGGAACUGACGCCUGAACUAGAGAGUGCGGCGGUUGGGACACAGGUCUCAGCUGGAGCGGAAAACCAGCCUGGAGAAGGGCUGGGUGAAGCUCUUGGCAGCUCCUCAUCAGUGAGGACCGGGAAUGUUUCGGCAGUGCCAGAGGGCAAAGGUCCCCUGUACAAGUGUGCAAUCUGCGCGGAAUUUGUGUACGAGUCGCAGCUGGAGUACCAUGUUACCAUCUGCCCAGAUCCUAACGACAGUAGCUCCUUGCUCUCCACGCCUGGUCCAGAGCAGCCUGUGACUGCCGAGCCAGAUGUCCCCUUCUCGGUUGACAAUCAUGCCGCAGCGUCUCUUGCACAAGCUGGUACCGGCAGAAGUGCAGCAAUGCUGCGGCUGCGGCAUGCACAUGCUGCAGGCCGGCGCUACUUGCGUGCUGUAGCUGCGCAGGCGCAGCGAGGUGACAGCCGUCGUAUGCAGUCCGGCAAAUGCAAGGACCUCACCUUCGAAGAAUGCUUGGCGCAGCAUCCCAGUUACUGCUCCUGGGUGUUGGCUCGUGGCGACAAGCUGAGCACGGCCGAGUACGGCGACUUUCUGAACUUCUUGCGCAAACGCACGCAGGAAGCUCCAGCAGAUCCUCAGCCCGCAGGGUCAGGCGUGACGGAGUCAGACCACGCACCAGACCCGCGAGAUCAAAACAAAGUCGGCUUUGGCAAGCACAAAGACCUGACCUAUGCAGAGCUGCUUUCAAAGCAGCCUGCGUAUUGCCUCUGGGUGCAGCAGACUGCUGCACAAGGGGACAAGGCCGGAGGAGGCAUGCGCGCUUUUGCCGACUACCUGGAAGGAAAGACCAUCGCGGCAGCUUCGAAUCCACAGCGCAAGACUUGGGCUCGAACAGCGAGUGCCAGAGCUUCCCCGGCUAGCACCGCCAACCUCACGCCAAACUCUGGCAGGGGGACAUUAGCAGAUGGCAGUUGGCUUGUCAACUUCGGCAAGUACAAGGGUUCCUCGUUCUCGGAGGUAUACACGAAGGAUCCGCAGUAUUGUGAGUUCAUCACGAACUCGGUACUUCUCGCAGAUGAUCCGGCCAAGGCGCCGUCCAAAGACUCCUUGACCUUCACAGCCUACAUUCAGCACCGAGCCAGGCAAGAGGAAACUGCACCUGAAUAG